CUGUUUUUUUGUUGUUGCAGAGUUCAGUUUGAGUGUGUCUGCUGGGGCUUUAGAAAGGGAUGUUUUGUGUCUUUUGAAUUCAUUUCAACCUGACCGGUAAGAAAAAAAUAAAAUAUUCUUAGCUACCUGAAGUUAAAAUGAAGAUAGCAGCCUUCAAUGCAAAGAAUCUGGGAUGGAAAAAAGUCACAGAUAAGACUGUUGUCCACUACCUCACCAAGAUCAUGUCUCAGUACAGCGUAGUGGUGAUACUGGAGGUGAUGGAUAAGAGCGGUGAGGCCAUGAAGAGGUUACUUCAAGAACUCAACAGCACAGUCUCCAAUCAAAACCGUCCUUACUCCGUGGACUCCAGCUCCCAGCUGGGGCGAGACACCUACAAGGAGCAGUUUGUUUGUUUCUACAGGGAGGAUGAGGUGACACUGGAAGACUGUCACCAGUAUGAAGAUAAUCAAGCUGGAGAUGUUGACGCCUUCGCCAGAGAGCCGUUCAUCCUGCGCUUCAGCUGUCCAACCACAGUUGUGAAAGAUCUGGUUCUGGUCCCGGUCCACACCAAGCCAGAUGACUCGGAGAAGGAACUGGACGAGUUGCAUGACGUAGUGGAAGCUGUCAGGAAGAGGUGGAGAACCAAUAAAAUUAUGAUUUUAGGCGACUUCAAUGCAGAUGGACGUUAUCUCUCCCAGAGGAAGAAGAAAAAGAUUCGGAUCUGCUCGGCUCCCUAUCACUGGCUAAUUGAUGACGAUGUUGACACAACGUCUAGUAACUGUAAUGACCACACCUACGACAGGAUUGUGGUGUUCGGAAAGACCGUGCUAAAUGCCAUCGUCCCCGGCUCUGCAAAGUCUUUCAACUUCCAGAGAGAGUUUAACCUCACUGAUGAGGAAACUCGCACUAUCAGUGAUCACUAUCCUGUGGAAGUGGAGCUGAAGACCAAACAGAGACAGAAAAGAGUGACGGCUCAUCCCCGAGCAACAAAAACACCAACCAAAGGAAGGAAACCAAAUAAAGGACUCCAGAAGAAGAAGAAGAAGAAGAAGAGUACAGAGCGAACUGGAAAACAGAAGAAGGAGAAGACUGCGACAAAAAGAAAGAGAGGAGAGUCAUCAAAAACCCCUGCCAAGAAAAGUCGUUUAGACAAAUAACAAAAAGCGGUCGAAGAUGUUGAUCCUUCGAUGGUUUUAAUUGUUUGUUUACAUAAAAUUGCAGCUUGUAUCUUUAGAAAAUGAAGGGGUUGUUGCUUGCUGGCAAUUUAAUUCUCCAUUGCUCUGUUUUGCUGGAACCAGAGGAAAUCCAAAGAAACAAUGAACGUCUGGUUAAAGUGGCUUAAUGUAGCUUAAAAGUUGUGCUUAUUUUUUUAUAUUUGAAAUUUCUUUUUUAAUUUUAGACAUAUACAGACACACACACAUACUUAACACAAUACAUAAUGGCCUUUCACACUUGCCAACACCUGAGUAACUUAAAAUACAUCACUGAGAGGGGGAAAGAGUGAGAACGAAAAUAUUAGUAAUGGAGAGGGUAAUAUUUGGGAUAAAUUAAAAUCGUACAAUAAAGGGAAAAUAAAUGAGUGGAAGUCAGUUGGCAGGGGUUCUUCCUAUAUAGUGCAGAAAUGGCUGCCAUAUCUUCGUCAACGUAUUGAGUGAGCCAUGGGAAGGUGGCAUGUUUUUUUCCCACCGGAGCAGGAUGAGCCUCCGUGCUAGAAGUACAGAGAAGGCCACCACUGCUGCCUGGUUAGCUGAGAUCCUGCAGUCAUUUGGAGCAACCCCAAAUAUGGCUGUCACAGGGUUUGGCACAAUCUGUGUGCCACACACUUCUGAUAGGGUAUUAAACACCUCGGACUAGAAAAAUUCUAGGCUUGGACAGGCCUAAAACAUAUGAUUGAGGGUGCCUGGAGCAUGCCUACACCUUGGACAGACUUCAUUCAUCCCUAGAAAGAAUUUAGCACGUCUGCUGUUGGACAAAUGGAGCCUGUGCAUUAUUUUAAACUGUAGUAAUCCAUGUCUGAUACAUAUGGAUGACGUAUAGAUCUACUGCUCUCUGUCAUAUUACUCCCACUGUUGCUUAAUGCGGUCUACUGAGGUGCUUGUUUUUACAAAUGUAACGUGAAUGUGAAGGAAAAAUGUUUUGCCAGAUAUCAAGACACAUCCAGAGACCCUCACAGAGGUUGUGACAACAUGACUUUUCUUUUUAGUGUGUUUAAUGUGUAAGGUAUGUGAGCCAAUCACUCUAUGUUGGAUUAAUAAAGUUGUUUAUAAUGAAUCAA